AUGUGGUGGGGAGACGCGCUUGGUCGCAUGAAAUCUGGGGACGCGAACUUUGGUGUAUUGGUCCGCGAGCCGUUAGCGAAAUCGGAAACUUUUGCACUAAUAAUCAUUCCUACGGCAAAUAUCCAGCAGCAAGGCUCUAUUGAAGUUGCAAUCCCAAUUGCUCAAAUUUAUUUGCUUCCUGCGUUUGCACGGCUUUGGGAUACUUUACUUGAAGCAUUAUAUGUUGGACAAUAA